ACUGCGUGUCCUCAUUGCUGCUGACGUCACGGAGCACCGUCAGUCAGCGUGGAGGGGGCGGGGCUUACCGGGCGCCGUGGGUCAGUGUGGGCGGAGCUUCGGGAGGAGCGGCAGCAGGACGGAGCUCAGUCCGACUCUCCGCGUCUCUCUGCCGGCCCCGCUGAGCGCUGCUGCUGCGGGGUAUGCUGGGAUUUACCUGGACGUGGUACCUGACUGGACCCGGGACCGAUUUACCGGAUUCAUUUGACCUGGUUGUCCGCAGCGGGACCGGAGACCACCGGUUGAUCCUGGAAGCUCCAGUGGAGACAGUCUGAGGAUUUAACCUGGUUCAUUUACCCGGGUUAAUUUAACCCGGUCCGUUGAAUCUAGGUAGGUCCUGGUCCUGGUCCGCCCCGCACCAUGCGCUGCAGACACCGCAGAUCCUCCGGACCCUGAGGUCACACCGGAGAGUCUGACGGAGAGAUGCCGCUGUCUGCCGCCUCCAGGCGGGACACGGACGGCUGCUGCAGCCGGGACAGAGCCGCUUCCGACCCGGAGGCGGCGGAGCGGCUGCGCUCGGUGCGGGAGCGGCUGGAGGCCACCGUGUCCGGGCUCGCGGAGCUGGACUACUUGCGGGAGCGGCAAGAGGUGCUGGUCCGGGCCGCGCUGCAGGAGGAGGAACGGCGGACGGAGGCUCAGCUGAGCUCCGAGGAGAAGCUGCUGGAGGAGAACAUCCUGCUGCUCCGGAAACAGCUGAACUGUCUGAGGCGGAGGGAUGCCAGCCUCAUUGGUCAGCUGCAGGAGCUGGACCGACAGAUCAGUGACCUGCGAUUGGACACUGAGGUGUCACAUGACCAGCUGGAGACUGACAGCCGACCCAGUUCAGGUUUCUAUGAGCUGAGUGACAGCCCGUCUCUCUCUAACUCAUCUAACUCCGUCUUCAGUGACAAUGACGGACGCCUCCCGUCUGCAGAUGAGCUCGCCAGCUGUUUAGACUGUGACGGUUUGGUUGGAGGACUUUGUGAUGACUCGUCUUCUUCCGGUACCGUCCGCCACGCGCUCUCAGCUCCUCACCCACCCAUCCUGGACCUCGUCUCCUCCUGUGACGUCCUGUCCAAGUACCACUGCGACCUGGUGGCCCAAAAUGGCAGCAAUGUGUACCUCUACCCGAGCCCGCUGCACGCCGUGGCCGUCCAGAGCCCGGCCUUCCUCCAGAUGUUGGGUCACAGAGGUCACUGCAAAGACGAGGCCAGGGUUGACGGACUCAGACAAGAACCUUCACCGCCAUCUGGAUCUGUUUCGGCUCCUCUCAUACCUCAGAGCUCAUCUUGGUCAGUGCCCUCGUCCUCCUCCCAGACUCCUUCCCAAAGGCAUCUGGACAGCUACAUCUACAGCCUGCUGCAGCGCAGGGCGCAGCCCAUCAGGACCAGCAGACCCAGAACCAGCAUUAGCACUGACCCAUCAAAGAGCAUCCUGAGGCAGGCCGGUCUCUGUGCGAGGCAGGUGUCUGGGUCUGGUUUAGGGACUCUGAGGGGCUCUGAACUCAAACCCUCCUGGCCGGCUGGAGGAGCCUCAGCAGAAGGUGCAGUCAGCUCGUCGCCUCAGAGGCGGCGGUCUGUGGACAGGAAGUCUGAGGAGCAGGAGACACCAAGCAGCUUAAACACCGACCCGAGUUCUGCUGGUACCAACACCAGCAGACUCCCUCCCUCAACAGACUUGACAUCUUACUCUCCUGACCAGGAGCUCCUCACAUCACCACCAGCUGUCAAAACUCCCAAGAACAACCUGAAGCCUCAAACUGACCAGACGGACAAGGAGGUGUUCAAUCUGGGUUCCUCCUCCCAGAGUCAGGAUGAAGCAGGAAGAGGAGGAGGAGGAGGGAGUCACAUGGUUAACCUCCCAGCCCAGCAACAAGACGUCAAACUCCGCAAGAAUGUCAAGACCGUCAAGGUGAAGACCACGACCAUAAUGAGUCAAGGCUCUGAACAGUCUACGUCAGAGAGGAGAGGGGCUCGGUCCCACCACAGGUCCAGUUCUAAGAAGUCCUGGCUGUUGGAAGAUGGCGGUCCAGUUCAGAUUAAAGUCUCCAAGAGAACAGCUGGUGGUGGUGGUGUGCACAUGGGGUCCUCCUCCAGAAUCAAGCGCUUCCCUGCAUCCAUCCCAAAAGGCAGAGUUCUGGACAAACAUACGGCAUCAACAACGAGGAGUGUGCGCUCAGGUGCGUCCAGGUACCAUCACCAUGGAAACCACAAUAGCGGUAGCCAGCACCAUCACAGCCAUCAUCAGCACCUCGGACGGGACCAGGUCGUGGUCGUCGCCAAACCUAAGUACAAGCGGAGUGAUUACCAACGCUUACGUGCGAUCAUGGAGAUACCGUACGAUGAGGCCUUCAGGCGCUCUCGGCAGCGGCAGAGGAAGGAGCUGCUGAGUCACAGGCCAAUGAGCAGCCCGUACUCAUACACGGCAGGAAGUGACUCGGAGUACUCGGCCGAGUGUGUGUCACUCUUUCACUCCACCAUCAUGGACACGAGUGAGGACGACAGGUCCAACUACACCACCAACUGCUUUGGAGACAGCGAGUCUGGCGAGGAGGAGUAUGUGGAGGAAAGCGCCGCCACGAGUGAUACGGAGGAGAGUGGAGGAGGCGGAGCUGGGACAGGUGGAACAGGCAGGGGGCGGAGCCAGUUAGGGUCCAGGGUGACGGGGCAGGAAGUGACUCCUGCUCAAGUGAAGACCUUUGUCAAGAUCAAGGCUUCUCACAACCUGAAGAGGAAGAUCCUCCGGUUCAGGUCGGGUUCACUCAAACUCAUGACAACUGUAUAAGCGCCCAAGGUCUGAACCGGACCAGAACCGGGUCUGCUGGGCUGCCAAAGCACUUCAUGUGUACCUGAACUGAACCCAGCUGCUGGUAGACCAGAAACACUUUUCUACAUUUAAACUCCAAACCUUCACCUGAGAGACGAGGCCGUCUUUGAAAUCAUGCGUGACGUUUUUAAAGACUGUAAACAAACACGGAUAUCUCCACAUCACGCCUGGAACACAUUCAUCAGUCGAGUCUGAGCAACCCAGGCCGGCCCGGACUUAUCUGAUGGUUCUGACGAGUUGUGACCUGCAGAGAUUUAUCAGCUCAUGUCUCUUCUGCUCUGUUUACGUGAGCUGCUGUCUGAAUGUACCUGCACACCGGUACCGGAUCACGUGUUCCAUCAUGUUCCUUCACAUGUUCAAGGACUCAAAGUUUACAGGCUGAGUUAUUCACAUGUUAACAAACAUGACCUCCAGUCCCUGUUUUCAAACCCACUUCAUUAAAAACACCUUCAUGUUAAACAGCCAAUCAGCUUCCUGCUUUCAGAAGUCUUAGCCAAUCAGAUUGGCCUCCUUCACUUCCCUCCUUUCAAUGUUGAACAAGUGCCUCAGCUGUAGUGAACCUGUAACUCACCUGUGAGGUCUCAGCCUGCUUCAACCUAAAGAGUCUGUCUGAGGACGACCACAGGGUCAGUCACAGGUGAGGUGUUGAGGUCAUGAAGUGUCCAUAUGUGGAGGACAGAGGACAUUUUAUGCGCAUGUUCACAGAGUCAUGUGAUGAGUUCAGACACGCCUCCACACAGCUGACCAAUCACAGUAAAGACUGACAACAACAAACAUUUAGUUAGAAGCACGCUGAGAGAAAGACAAGACUUCAGUAAGACCACAUCCUGUCCUCCGUCCUCUGUCUCUGUCCUCUCCUCUGUCCACUCUCCUU